AUGAUGCUCUUUGGCGGGAACUUGUCAGGUAUCAAACCUGUGGUGGUAGCACAGGACAUGUCGAAAGAUGCUUCGAUCGGGCUGCCAAGCGCUUCAGGAGCGGCAGUUCCAUCACCUGGGGAAAUUACACCGCACGCGGACUUGAUUGCGCGCCUGACCGACCAGGAGCAGCGCCUGUUGGACGAACUUGAGCGAACGCGAUGGAAACUCACGACGGAAUGGAAACUGAAGGCCGACGACAUGCGGGAGAAAGGGAUUGUAGUCGAUCUGCACCUGCCAUUAGACAAAGUCCCUCCAUGUAAAACGAACGCGUCCAAUCGAGGGUCCCGCAACCAAGAAGAUCAACAGCAGCCCAAACUAACCCGGCACAAGGAGAACGCUGCGUCGCUGCGACGGCGGCGGUCCGAGUCCCGAUCUUCAGACACCUUAGCACCUCAGACAUCGUCGCCGGCAAUCACUGUCCUUCGGCAUUCCUUCGACAUAUUACCAAUUCUGACCACGACGGGGGAUACCCCGUUUGAAGUUGGCCUCGACAAACCUGACGGCGUGCACGUUCUUCCAGUGUUCAAACUGCCCCCAGUGACCACGGCAGCCAAGCCACUGCCGGCUGCUGGUCCGGCCACGCUACUCACUUCGGCCGCAGAGCCGCGGCGAACAUUCAACGUGCCUACGACGGCGCUGCCUUUGUCGACUGUAGCAGGGCUGACCGCGAGCGACAAAGAAGAAGCAAUGCGGGUGCUUGGCUUAAGCAGCGAUGAAAUCGAUGAAAUUGAAUCGGCCAAUGUUGGCGAUGCCAUCACCAUGUCGUCCAUGGCAUCUCCACUACUGUCCCCUCCGUCGAAAGGCCCGACCAAGGGUAAACACAGCGACCAUGCCAAGGGAGGCAAGGCGUCGCACUCUACCCUCAUGACGACGCACCCCGCCGACUCGAUGCGCGAUGAACUCCACCAGGCGCUGCGAAAUGUCCAGACAUACACGGCGCUCGUCAAACAAGACAUCGCGCUCGUUCAAAAGAUCUGCCCCGUGCACACCAUCCGCGGCAACCGGUUUGUGCAAAAGUGGGGGCUCGACAAGCUCAAUACUGUGUGCACGCAGCUAUUGUACGCGCGGAUUUUUGCCGCGUUCGACCGGUGGCGAUUUGUCGCGGCAUGGACCAAGCAACAAGAGGCGCGCCAGGCACUCAUGCAUUUUAAGGGGACAAAGAAACUCGACCUGUACUUUCGCAACUGGACCAAGAGACGAAUGGCGGCCGCGUGGAAUCAAUGGAUGUCCUUGCUUGCUGCAGAGCAUGCCGCGUAUCAAGCCGCGCUCGAGCUGGACGCAGCAAAUACCCUUCAGCGUUCCUGGAGAGCGUUUACAAAGCGCCGUAUGUACACGUUCAUUCGAUCCCAGCAGAGGGAGAAGCGUCGGAACAACGCGGCGCGUAAGAUUCAAGCGCUAUGUCGCGGCCAGUUGGCCAAGCAGACAGCCAAGACUCUCAUGCGAAACAUUCUGCAAGCGCGUGCGGCGACAACGAUCCAAGCAAGGAUGCGGGGUGUUCUCACACGAACGUCACUUGUCGAGGCAAAGCGGUUGCAACGCCAUGCCAAAGCAGCGCGAACGCUGCAGUGCAUGUAUCGCGGCCGGCUGGCAAGGAAGCGCAUGGAGCUGCUCAAGCAGGCAAACGUCCGGCGGAAAGCGGCGACAAUUAUCCAGCGGAGGUACCGCGGUCGGCUGCGCAACGCCAAGCAGAUCCGUCAGAUGAUUGAGCGGGAGCGGCGCCGCCAAGCGAUCAAGAUCCAGUCCCUGGCACGUGGCGUGCAAGGACGAGCUGAGGUCGUCCGCGUCAAAGAGCGGCGGGCCAAGCAUGUUCAAAAGCAGCACCGGUCUGCCAUGCGGAUUCAAGCGGUGUAUCGUGGUCAUCGUAGUCGCAUCGGCACGUCGCUUCAACUCGCGUCCAAGCGGGAGACCCUCCGCCAGCGAACCGAAGCCGCCACGACCAUCCAAACGUUGUUCCGUGGCCGAAAGGCAAAGCAGACGGUGCUAGCCCACAAGGUCGCGAGGAUGAACGACAUGGUGGCCAAUGCGCGGGUGUGGGGACAAUUUUGGAGCGAUGACGCAAACGCCUACUUCUUUUACCACUCGCAGACGGGAGAGGCGAUUUGGGAGCCUCCCGACGUUGGUUACACGAAACCAGACGGACAGCUCGUCCUCCGCGAUGGCUCUGUCAUUCCGGACCCUGCGCAGGCCGUCCCAGCGGCCGCCGGCGGCGACAAGCCGUCCGAAGGCGACCCGGUCGACCCGGAGGAUGUCAAGUGUGUCGAAUGCGAUGAGAACGACGCGACGCGACGAUGUGCACAGUGCGAAGAUGUGUUCUGCGACUCGUGCUACGACAAAACACACAGCACCGGCAAGCGCGCGCAGCAUACGUGGACAGCGAUGGGCCCGAUCAAGUGCGUCGAAUGCGAGAAGAUGAAGGCUACGCGGUGGUGCGACCAGUGCUGUGAUCCGUAUUGCUUGGGAUGUUUUGCCAUCAUCCACGCCAAGGGCAACAAGGCCCUCCACACGUGGAAAGACAUGCCGAAGCACGGUACGGCGCACGCGGCACCAACUGUCGAAGAUUCGCAAACGUACGACGAGUUUGUGGCGUCCAACGAGUACAACUACGUCAACGAAGGCCUUGCCCACCCUGACGAGUACGAUGCGACUGGGGGCGAAUACGAUCCAAAUGCCGUCGAAGCAUCCUGGGAGAACGAUGAAGCAAUAGAUGCGUACGAUGUCGGCCAACAAGAAGUCCCUGCUGCGUCCGACUGGGUUGCCGCCGUCGACGACGUGUCGGGGGAGCUCUAUUACUACAACACAGUCACGGGCGAGACGCAGUGGGCCCAGUAA